UAUUUACUGGAGUAUAUACAUUAGUAUAGUACCGUUCGGAACAACCAAUUAACGUUAAACAACCAACGAGAAAAUAAAGUAGUAGGAUCAGGAGAGAGACAUAUGUAGGAGAAGCUGUGAGAGAGAGAGAGAGAGAGAGAGAGAGAGAGAGAUGGAUACGAUUAUGAGCUAUAGUAUGAUGGAAUUUAAGAAUGAUUUAAAGAAGAAAGUAAGGUUUUAUAGAUAGACCCCUCCCCCCCCUAUGUAAUAAGUAGGUUGCCAAAGAAAGGAAGAGAGAGAGAGAGAGAGAGAGAGAGAGAGAGAUAUGGAUUGUUAAUUACAACUACAGGGUGAGGAGGAUGCUUCCUCAAACUUCCCUCGUCCAUGUUCCAUAAACACUCAUCCAUAUAAUCCCUUUACCGAUUAUUCCAUCCCCAUGUCCAUGUAGAGAGAGAAAGUAUUUAGAGACAGAGAGAGAGUAUUUGUGGCCGGAAAUCCACUCUUCACGAAAAGAAAUGUGGGAUCUAAACGACUCGCCUGAUCAGAUACGGGGCGAAGAAUCCUUGGGCGACAACAAGGGUAAACGGGUCGGAUCCCAGUCCAAUUCCAGCUCGUCGGCGGUGGUGAUCGAGGAGGGUUCAGAAGAGGAAGAAGAAGAAGAAGAAGAUGAUGAUGAAGAAGGGGAGAGAACCGGCGGGCGAAAACGGAGCAGCAGUGCCAUAUUCGGGUUCUCGGGUCCCGACCGGGACGACAGUCGGGUCACCCGGCAGUUUUUCCCAAUGGAGGAUCAGGAAACGGAGACCACACCCGCCGGGGGUUCCAAUUUCCCCAGGGCUCACUGGGUUGGGGUUAAAUUCUGCCAGUCUGACCAUCCCGCCGCCGGCGCAGUCGUCGUCGCCGCCGGCGCUCAGCCUCUGAGGAAGAGCCGCCGUGGUCCGCGUUCUAGGAGCUCUCAGUACAGAGGAGUUACGUUUUACCGGCGGACUGGCCGGUGGGAGUCUCACAUAUGGGACUGUGGGAAACAAGUUUAUUUGGGUGGAUUUGAUACUGCACACGCGGCUGCACGAGCAUAUGAUAGGGCAGCCAUCAAGUUUCGCGGCAUGGAGGCUGACAUCAAUUUCAGCCUUGAAGACUAUGAGGAAGACUUGAAACAAAUGAAUGCAUUAACAAAGGAGGAAUUCGUGCAUGUGCUUCGCAGACAAAGUACUGGGUUUCCAAGAGGAAGCUCGAGAUAUAGAGGCGUAACAUUACACAAAUGUGGAAGAUGGGAGGCCAGAAUGGGCCAGUUCUUGGGCAAAAAGUCUGUCUAUUUGGGUCUCUUUGAUACUGAGAUUGAAGCUGCUAGGGCAUAUGAUAAGGCUGCAAUCAAGUGUAACGGCAAGGAGGCAGUGACCAACUUUGAUCCCAGCAGCUAUAAAGAUGAGCUUAACUCUACUGAAUAUUCGCUCAACGCCCCGGAUCACAAUCUCGAUUUGAGUUUGGGCAGUUCGACCUCCAAACAAAAAGGCCGAGAAUCGAAUCCGAGUCAAACUGCUACGCCUUUCGAAGCCAAUUGGCGGAAUCAAGGAUUUAGGCCCGAGCUCAAUAUGCAACAAGACCUGUAUCGAAAUGGGUACAACGAGAGCGAAACCAUGCUGCUUUUGAGCCAAACUCACAUCCAAUCUCCAAGCUCACUUAAGGCAAACCAUGAAGUGAACAACAACAGACUUGGGCAAUUCAAGAGAGGGGGGGAACCCCCACCACUCCACCUGUUUCCACCACAGCUCAGCCCGUCGAAUUAUCAAGUCUGUAUCUCAAGUUAUGCCUCUUUAAUGUUUCAGAUUCAUCAGUGUCCCAGCAGCAGCAAUGGAGGAGAUCACCUUUCCCUAUCUACAAAUUGGCAGCUCAAUCCUCCUCCUCCUCCUUCUCCUUCCCAACUGUAUGCAACUGCUGCUGCAGCAUCAUCAGGAUUCCCACAGCAGAAUUUCACAAGACCCCCUCACAAUUUCCUCCAGGAAAAUGGUUUCCACUCUCUAAUCAGACCCUCUUGAGUCUUGACCCUUUCUAUUACAUUUCCCAAUGUAUCAAACAUUGCCUUAGUUUUUACAGUAGUAUUUUUUUGUGAGCAUGUAAAGAUAAAAUUUUGUUAAUACAGGUUCAAAUAUUUUAGGGCUCA